GGGGCGGGGUGUCGGGCGGCGCCGGCCCAAAAGGCGGAGUCGCGAGGCGGAGGGCCCAGAGCUGUGAGCACUGUGCUGAGUGCGCCGCGGAGAAAGCCUGCGGGAACCCAGAGCCGGAGGAGCCCUUCGUCCCCGCCCGGCCUGGCCCGGCCCCGCGCUAUGGAGUUCCUCUGGGCCCCUCUCUUGGGUCUGUGCUGCAGUCUGGCCGCUGCUGACCGCCACACCGUCUUCUGGAACAGUUCAAACCCCAAGUUUCGGAGUGAGGACUACACAGUACAUGUGCAGUUAAAUGACUACCUGGACAUCAUCUGUCCUCAUUAUGAGGAUGACUCUGUGGCAGACGCUGCCAUGGAGCGGUACACACUGUACCUGGUGGAGCAUGAGCAGUACCAACUGUGCCAACCCCAAUCCAAGGACCAGGUCCGCUGGCAGUGCAACCAGCCCAGUGCCAGGCAUGGCCCAGAGAAGCUGUCUGAGAAGUUCCAGCGCUUCACACCCUUUACCCUGGGCAAGGAGUUCAAAGAGGGACACAGCUACUACUACAUCUCCAAACCCAUCCACCACCAGGAAGACCAGUGCUUGAGGUUGAAGGUGACCGUCAGUGGCAAAAUCACUCACAGUCCUCAGGCCCAUGCCAAUGCACAGGAGAAGAGACUUCCAGCAGAUGACCCAGAGGUGCAGGUUCUACAUAGCAUUGGUCACAGUGCCGCCCCCCGCCUCUUCCCACUCGCCUGGGCUGUGCUGCUCCUGCCAUUCCUGCUGCUGCAAACCCCAUGAAGGUGUAUGCCGCACGCACUGUAAGAACUGGAACUGAGGGGGCAGGGCGGGCCUCCCUCACCUGCCUGGGGCCCCUCCCAAAGCCCUAGUCCUGGGAACCACUCCUACCACAUGCACAAGCUGCCACCCAGCAGCCUCAAAACGGGUCAGUAUUAAAGCUUUCAACCCAAAGGAGGUCAGCAAGCCUGACAGUGCCAUCCUCGCCUCCACCUCAGAGGGAUGGACAAAGAAGUGGAGACAGUCCUUUCCCCUCCAUUCCUGCCCUUAAGCCAAAGAAACGAGCUGUGCGGACAUGGCCUCUUAAGAAGGGCACUGUGGGAGCCGAGCUGAAAGGGGCUUGGGCUUACAUGGAUGGACACUGAGCUUGGCGAAGAUGUCCCUCCCAGAGAGAGCCAGGAUGGCUCUGAAGGAAAAGCAAGAGACAAGUUUCCUGCUUGGGAGCCAGGAACAGGAGAGGCAGCAUGCUUGGGCUGACCCAGCAUCUCCCCCAAGACUUUCCUCUGUGGAGGUGCCACGGAGAGGACUGUAGCCAGGCAUUACAUCCUCUCCCACCCUGGGGCAUCACUCCGCGGAGCUGCGCCAGCAGGGGGGCUGUGCCAACCUGUUCUUAGAGUGUAGCUGUAAGGGCAGUGCCCAUGUGCACAGAGUCUGUGCCUAGACUGACUGUAGCCUGAAGGGCAGGGCCCACGAGUACAGAAUCUGUAUAUGAACUAGAUGUGUGUCUGCUGAUUUCUACAACUGGAGUUUUUUUAUACAAUGUUCUUUGUCUCAAAAUAAAGCAAUGUGUUUGUUUUUUUGGA